AAAUUUAUAACUUGUUAUUAAUAGUAAAAAAUAUGUUAGAAAUAAAAGUUAAAAAUUUUCAUAUUAAAGUUUUUUUAAUCGAGUAGACAGUAAAGAAAUAGUAAAUAAUGAUUCUUUUAAUAUUAAUAAAUUUUUUUUUAAUAUUUGUCUCGAGUACAAUUUCACAGGAGACAGUGCAAUGGAAUUUAGACACGACUACACGAAUUGCCGUGCCUUUAGUUCGAGAAUAUUCGGAACCAUGGACGAGUCGUACAAUACAAAACCAAUUCUCUCAUUACAAAACUCAUUUUGAGAUAAUAAUUAAAGGAGGUACAACAUUCAACCUAACGCUGGAAACUUCUUCUAAAACAGAAAAUUUAUAUUUUUACUGUCUUGCUGAUUCACCAUAUGAAAAAUUAAUCAUAUUAAAUCUUGCGGGAGAAACAAAUUUCACAAAAACUUUAACAACAAAUUUUGAUUGCGUGCCUAUGGUAUCUGUUUCAAAUAAUGUUCCACUACGAAUAAUAAUUGAGACCAAAAACUGGUUAUCAUUGCCUAUUUUCGAUUCUAAUGAUGCAUCACUUUUCGAAUCAGAAGAAUUUGAAUCUAAAUUUUACAAAAAUAUCCAAAUUUACGGAUUUGUUGAAAAUUAUUACACACAAAUGUUAUUAUCGGUAAAUGAUAUCAAAACUUUAAAGUCGCUAAACUAUAGUCUAUAUCUUGGUUUGGAAAAUCAGAUUGAUAUCAUUGAGUAUUAUGAUUAUUUAACUGGAAUUAGUCCCUAUUAUAAUGAAGAUAUUAUAUCAUCAUUAAAAUUAAUAGAUCGAACAACAAUAUUUAUACGUUCAGAAAAAUGUAAUGAAGAUAAUUCCACUACAGAAGAAUAUUUGACAUCAACUUUUGAAUGUGAGGACAUAUCUUUAAAUUUUGUUGACUCUCUCGAUGCAUUCAUAUGUCCGGAGACAAAUUUGAACCGUCAUUUUAUAUCCACUAUUAGUAAUGUACAAAGAUUUUUACAACCCAAAAAAGGAUCUAGUUGGAUUUUAUUGCAAAAAUUUGCUGAAUACUACAACAGGAAAGAAUUUGAUAUUAAUUUUAGAGAAACAUUUAAUUUGUGGAAUGAUAUGUUUGCAACUUUAUAUCAUCAAAAAUUUGUAAUUAAAAAUCCAAUGUUACAAUCAGCGUCUCCUUACAAUUAUAAGAAAAUUUUAAAUUAUCAAAUGGGAAAUGACAUUACAAAAUGGAGUUACGAGGAAAAGUUAAAUUUAUUUGUGAGUCUAUUCGGAUAUGAUGGAACUGACACGAAUUUACGUGAAUUUCGUAUUCGCCACAAUCCUUACAAUCAAAUUACAACUAAAGAUUCUGUUGACAUAGUACCAACUAUUCUUAAAAUGUUUCUUGAUCUUUACGAUAUAAAUUUAUUGCCGUUUUUGAAAAAAAUCAUCAAAGAUAUUUCAUUAAAUCCCGAAUUAAAACUGCGACUUUUGAAUGAACAUCCUGUGAUGCCUGCCAUUGAUUUUGGGAUAAAUCCUAAAGAUUUGCGAGCUCUAAGCAAAGAACGUGAUUUGAGACAAAUUUCCCCUUUAAUGUUGGGGACAAGAAUGAAGAAUACAUAUGUUAACGUUUUAUUUAUUAUUGAAUCGCCAAUUGAUCUUACAAAUUGUUGUUUAUAUUUGAAUAACGAUUGUCACACUAUUGUUGGAAAAAACAUGACUAUCAAAUUAUUGUCAGAUGUUUAUUCUAUUUACGUAGCAGAAGUAUUAAAUGGAAACACCUAUAUAAGUGAUGAAAUUUAUCAUACAAUUUCAAAGAAUAUGUUAAUUAUUGUCGAUGUAAAAGAAAUUCCAGAAAAUCAAACAUAUUUACCCUUGAUUCAUUAUAGAUUUGAUGCUCAAGGUCCUGAUAAUAGGUUAUUUUUGGAAAUAUUUAUAAAUUACAAGGACAUGACAUUGAUAAUAAAACAAUUAAGUAAUGAAAUAUCAGAAAAUAAUUUAUAUUUUUUGCUACAAUUAAAACGAAAUGAUACUAAUGUUAUGGAAUAUAAAUUUCCAGAUAAAAUGCAAAAUCAAUUGCUAACAAAUGCUGUGGAAAAAUUUGAAAUCAAUGAUGAAAUACACAUUUUUCAUUGCGAACCCAAUUUUUUAAAAUUGAAUUUGAAUGGAUAUAAUAAUCCAGUGGAACAAAAAAAUAUUUUUCGUUUGACCAGUGUUGGUUUAGAUGCAAUUUCAAAGAAAAUAGAAAAUAAUUUGAAAUAUGAAUUUAAUGCACUGAAUCAUGAUGAUAUUUUAUUUUUAAAAAUAUUUAUAAACUACAAUAAUAUGACAAUUAAAAUAAAGCAAUUUAAUGACGAAAUUAACAAAUAUUAUAAAAAUGAAUUAUAUUUUUCGUUUAUUUUGGAAAGAAAUGAUACUUCUAUUUUUAAAUACAAAUUUUUUGGUUCUCCACAAAAUAAUAAAUCGCUUGUAAAUGAUAUUAAGGAUUUUAAGAUUAAUGAUAAAAUUCAUAUUUAUCAUACAGAAUCACAUCGUUUAAUGUUAAAUUUAGAGGGAUAUUUUAAUGUAAUUAGUAAUAAUUCCUUUAUUUUGACAAAUGAAGGUUUGCGAACAAUUGUUUAUAAAGACAUAGAGAUAUACAAUUUUUUGUCUAUUUUGGCAAAAAAAAGUUUGCAUAACUUUAAUUACAGAGGAACAGAAUUAAAUAAAUUAAAUUAUUCAUUUGAAGCUUUACGUUAUAGUGACAAGUUGUUUUUAAAAAUAUUUAUAAAUUACACGACUAUGACAAUAGAAUUAAAUCAGUUGAUCAAAGAUAUUCAUUGGAAGUUUAAAUUAUAUUUUUCAAUCAGUUUAGAACGAAAUGGUGCUUCUAUUUUUGAAUAUAAAUUUUUUGGUACUCCUAAAAAAAAUCAAAAACUUAUUAAUGUGAUGGAGAAAUUUAAAUUUAAUGAUAUAAUUCGUAUUUAUCAUGUCGAACCAAGUCGUUUAAAGUUAAAUUUAGAAGGAUUUCAUAAUAAUUUAAAAAAUAAUUCUUUUCUUUUGUCAAAUAUUGGUAUGCACAAUGUUUUAAAUAAACAGACAGAAUUAAUGUUAAGAGAAAAUAAAUUUUAUGAAAAUGAAACAUUUUUACCGAUUGUAGAAUAUGUUUUUGAUGCUUUAGGUUUAUAUGAUAGUUUAUUUUUAAAAAUAUUUUUUAACUACAAAACAAUGACAAUUGAAUUGAAACGAUUUGGUAAAGAAAUUCAUAGGUUUUUUAAAAAUAGUGAAUUAUAUUUUUCAAUGCGUUUAGAACAUAAAGGUGUAUAUUAUGCUGAAUAUAAUUUUUUUGGCGGUUACCAACCGAUAACAAAUACUGUUGUGAAUUUUGAGAUUAAUGAUAGAGUGCAUUUUUAUCACGUAGAAGGUAAUACACGUUUUAAGAUGUAUUUAGAUGGAUAUUCUAAUAGUGAAUCACGUAAUCAUACUUUUGUUUUAACUGAUGAGGGUUUGCGCGAAAUUAAUGAUUUGAGUUUUAAAAUAAUUUCUUCGGAUAUUAAAAGAAUUGAUAAAUUUAAUUCAGAAUACAAUAUAGAUUUAAGUUACAAUGCAUUGUAUCAAAAUUAUUUUGCAAAUUAUAUUCGUACAUUGCGUUUUAAUGAUUUGGAAGCUUACAUCCCAUUGAAUUGGCUUUAAACGUCAAAUUAAUUAGGUCUAAUGUAAAUUGUUUGUCUAAAUAAUAGAAAUUGUUGUAUAAUUGAGUGUUUUUUUUAAACAAUAUUAAUAAUUGAAUUGUUAAUUUAUGUUUAAAGUGAAUGUGAAAUAUACAAUUUGAAAUAAAUAUAAAAAUUACAAUU